AUUAGUCUUUUUAUAAUAAAAGUUAUAUGUUUUUAUUAUAGGUUAGCUGGGAAAAUGCAGAUAUACAUAGAUUGGCAAAUAAUAAAGUAAUUACCGAUAUGGGACCACCGAAAAAGUUAAAAAAAUAUGACUCCAAACCUGGAAGUGAUAGAUCAAGUAAGAAAAAGAAAAUAGAAGAGGAGACAAUAGAUCUGGUAGAAGAUGACAAUGCUGAAAAUGUUGUUGUGCCUGGAGCGGCUAUGCAAGAUGCCGAGAAAAAUGACCAAGUGCCUGAGGAUGAAUUUGGAGCCAAAGACUACAGGAGUCAAAUGGCUUUAAAGACUGAUCAUGCAAGUCGGCCAUUGUGGGUGGCGCCUAAUGGACACAUUUUCUUGGAAGCAUUCUCCCCUGUGUACAAACACGCUCAUGACUUCCUGAUUGCUAUUGCUGAGCCUGUAUGCAGGCCACAACAUAUUCACGAAUACAAAUUGACAGCGUACAGUUUAUAUGCUGCAGUAUCGGUAGGACUGCAGACUGGAGACAUAAUAGAGUACCUACAGAGAUUGAGCAAGUGUGCUGUGCCUGCUGGUAUUAUAGAAUUCAUUCAACUUUGCACACUCUCAUAUGGAAAAGUUAAGCUGGUUCUUAAACACAAUAGAUACCUUGUAGAGAGCAAACACGUAGAAGUGCUUCAGAAACUAUUAAAAGAUCCGAUUAUCCAACAAUGUCGUUUACGGCGAGAUGGUGACGACGACCUCCUCGCAUCAGCAUUGCCCAACAAACCUGCAGCCAGUAUUUCAAAGGCUGGUGAGCCAGAGAAGCCAAUCACUGCUAAUGUACCGGAAGACAUCAGUCAGUUUUAUCAACAACUGGAUAAGGACGACGAUGAAGACGAAGCUACAGAUAUUGCUGCUAAUACUGCUGUCGCUUUCGAAGUCGAUCCUGACAAAAUUGAGGUAAUACAAAAGCGAUGCAUAGAAUUGGAGCACCCGUUACUAGCAGAAUAUGAUUUCCGAAACGACACUGUGAAUCCUGAUAUCAAUAUAGAUCUGAAACCUACAGCUGUUCUCAGACCAUACCAGGAGAAAAGUCUUAGGAAAAUGUUUGGCAAUGGUAGAGCUAGAUCGGGCGUAAUUGUACUACCAUGCGGCGCCGGCAAGUCCCUGGUUGGGGUGACCGCAGUGUGCACGGUCCGCAAGCGCGCGCUCGUGUUAUGUAACUCCGGUGUCUCUGUGGAACAGUGGAAGCAACAAUUCAAGUGCUGGUCCACUGCAGAUGAUAGUAUGAUUUGCAGAUUUACAUCAGAAGCAAAAGACAAACCAAUGGGAGCGGGGAUUCUAAUAACAACAUAUUCAAUGAUAACGCACGGGCAGCGGCGAUCUUGGGAGGCGGAACAGACAAUGAAAUGGCUCCAGGCUCAAGAGUGGGGACUGGUUGUUCUUGACGAAGUCCAUACGAUUCCUGCCAAGAUGUUCCGAAGAGUGCUCACCAUUGUCCACUCCCACUGUAAAUUGGGUUUAACGGCAACAUUGUUGCGUGAAGACGACAAGAUCGCAGACCUGAACUUUCUGAUCGGGCCCAAGUUGUACGAGGCCAAUUGGCUGGAGCUGCAGGCUAACGGAUACAUCGCGCGAGUGCAGUGUGCUGAAGUGUGGUGUCCUAUGACUCCGGAAUUCUAUCGCGAAUACCUUAUUCAAAAAAUAAACAAAAAGAUGUUGCUCUACGUGAUGAAUCCAUCGAAAUUCAGAGCGUGUCAAUUCCUCGUUCGAUACCACGAGCGACGUGGUGACAAAACCAUAGUCUUCUCAGACAACGUAUUCGCCUUACGUCACUACGCAGUCAAAAUGAAUAAACCGUACAUCUACGGACCUACGUCACAAAGCGAGAGAAUACAAAUUCUACAGAACUUCAAAUUCAACCCUAAAGUGAACACGAUAUUCGUAAGCAAAGUGGCUGAUACGAGUUUUGAUUUGCCGGAAGCGAAUGUGCUCAUUCAGAUUUCGUCACAUGGUGGGUCCAGAAGACAAGAGGCCCAGAGAUUGGGUCGUAUUCUUCGAGCUAAGAAAGGCGCGCUCGCCGAAGAGUACAAUGCGUUCUUCUACACGCUCGUCUCUCAAGAUACACUGGAAAUGGCGUACAGUCGCAAACGACAGCGCUUCCUCGUCAACCAAGGGUAUAGUUAUAAAGUGAUCACAGAAUUGAAAGGCAUGGAUCAAGAGCCCGAUAUGUAUUACGGCACGCGUGAAGAACAAGGCUUGUUGCUUCAACAGGUAUUAGCGGCAUCAGAAACGGACUGCGAAGAAGAACGGGAAGGCGGGCUAGGUGGAGCGGGGGGUACGCGACGUACGGGGGGUAACCUUGCUUCAUUGGCCGGCGCCGAUGAUGCACUCUAUGUCGAGCACCGACGAGGCGGGCAGCAUAACAAGCACCCGCUUUUUAAGAAUAAGACAGAAGAUGAUAAAGGCAUUCCCGAAUGGGCCAUAGUGGAGCUACAAGGGCUAAUUCAACUAAAGAAAGAAACCGGAGGCCCAACCGUUGUCGGAGACUUGCAGUACUACAAUCGCAAUCGACACCCAGUAUUAAUUCUAGGUCACCACGUCUUGAACGGGAAAGAAACAAAAUUGGAGCAACCAAUGGCCGUCCUCGAGAAAACAACAGAAAAUGACAGAACUCAAUACAAAGUGAAGGCUAUUAUUAAAAAGAAACUGUUAUUCAAGUCUAGACCCAAACCUAUUAUUUCUAAUGAGGAGAACGAACGCGAGCUACCACUGUGCUCGGAGCGGCAAACAUGCUCAGCGUUACUAAAGCGCUACUGGCGUCCCUCUGCUCUGAUUCGUCUCUGUAGAUGUGCGCGCCGAACACUAUGUGAUACUCCUGCUCCCUCCAAAUACAGAAUACCACUCAACAACCGCGCUGACUUCCAGUUUUGUCAACCAGUAACGGAUUGGCCGUAUUGCUCUAUUUACGAUGUUCCCUUAACAAUAGAGAAAAAACACAAAGACUUGGACAACAUGAAUCCAGAUGAACUAGAACGCAUGCAUCAUAGAAAUUUACAAUGGACACCUCCAAAAAUAACAUUGAAAUGUCGAUGCCCUGAGCCAAAUUAUUGGAAAUACAACGGGACAACUGAUUCUGAAGAUGUGCAGACCUAUCGAUGUACAUCACUGCCUAUCUGCAAAACUGAUGAUUUCUGUGGAAACGUUAGCCACGAUCUUUACACGUUAUAUCAAUCUUGUCAGUGUCCUAGGAAUCACAUUUGCGCACACAAUGGAGGAAUAACGCAUCUUGAAAUCUCUGAAAUUUUAUACAAGGGUAAAGGAUGGCGUGCUUAUUGUCAGCGUGUUGCCGGCGUUUACAGUUAUGAGGAUUAUUAUGAACAUUAAGUGAUCUAAUGUAAUUUUUUGAUAGUAAAUAUUUUGAUAGUAUCGUAAUAAUCAGUACUCGCAAUAAUACAUGGUUAUACUCUUUGUCCCUACAAUAU